GACGAUCGAAAUGGGUUCACUUUGCGCAUGCGCAAUGAUGGCCUCCUACCAUAAGAGGAAGAGUUUGUAGAUAACCAAUCAUACGCCUUGCUCCGAAAUGAUUAUAUUCACGUCAUCAGAAUAGACACGCCCUCUGUUGUACACUAUCUCCCCCAGUGCACUAUACUUUAUUACUCCAUAGUUGGUUGUUAUCACUAGCAAAGGUGAAAGUGAAUUAAGUAUUAUAUAAAAUGGCUGAAAGCGCACCACUAGAUAUGACGAAAUUAGUGCGCCCGUAUUAUUUAAAUUCUUCUUGCCAAGAAGGUAAUAGGUGCAAUUUUAGACAGACGCCUAGAUUUCGUGAAAAUAUCGUCUGCCGUUUUUCUUUGAAAGGCAUUUGCAUGUUUGGUGAUAAUUGUUGGUAUUCUCAUCCAAAAGCUGAAGAUGAUGUUUAUUAUAUAUCUCAACCUUGCAGUGAAGAGCAGAAUACUGGUCAUUUACAGCAACAGACAGGGAAUAUGGAUAUUUUUCCCGCCGAAAGAAAUUUUCAAAAUUUCAACACUAGUUUAAAUGGUGAGGCAUCUCUUUGUCGUGAAUCAGAAUUACACGACUGGAUAAAUGCACCUGAAUUCGUGCCAACAAGCAGCAAAUAUUUAGCCACUGCUUCGAAUUCAAAUGACGGUGUUGAUAGUUCAGAGCCACAAAAGUUGGAUAUGGAAUUCUGCCCGCAUUUCUUUGAUGGUAUUUGCCCAUUCGACGAUUGCCCAUGCAUCCAUGGGGAGUUAUGUGAACUGUGUCAAAGAUAUUGCUUAGAUCCUUUUGAUGAGAAGCAGCGAGGACUUCAUAAUGCAGUCUGUAGGCAUGAGCGAGAUACUGAUAUUCGACGCGAUUUGUCAUGUGGUAUAUGUUUGGAUAUCGUAAUGGAAAAAGAACGAGUUGCAGAGCGUCGAUUUGGUAUUCUCGAGAAUUGCAAUCACGUGUUUUGUUUAUCCUGCAUCAUUAAGUGGAGAAAUGUGCGAAAUUCUCAUGAAGAAGAUCUAAUAGAUCCUGCUGUUACUCGUGCUUGUCCCGAAUGUAGAGUGCCGUGUAGAUUUUACAUACCCAGUAAGAAAUGGGCUCAUUCUGAAGGGGAAAAGGAGAUGUUAAUUGCCGACUAUAGAAAGUCUUUGAGCACGAAACGUUGUAAAUAUUUCAAAAACGGUAAAGGAAUUUGCCCCUUUGGUGAGGAAUGUUUUCAUCUUCACGCAUGGCCUGUUAUUCCAUCAGUAGCUGACCAGAAACGUCGCUUUAAUAAUAGAAUGUUUAGGAACUCAAGAAGAUGGUGAACAUUUUGUAAUCUGCAAUGUGUCAUGAAGAUGAGGGUACAUGAAAGUACUGACAACGCGUUCGUAAAAGUGCAACAUUUGUUUAGAUUUAACUAUGCAAGAAUUUUUUAUUAUGUUCUGCUGAAAUUCUCUUUUUAAGUGCUGAUUUUAUUCAUGUUUAGUGCAUUUGAUAAUGGUAACUGUGAUUUUUUUAAAAUUAUUUUAAGAUUGCUUCCUUUAUUUUAAUCUUAUUCGUCGAUUCUACUACACAUGUUUUGAAUUUAUGAUUUUUUAAACAUAUUUUUUUUUAAGUUAGAUUGAGUGUUAAACUUAAAGCGAGUCUUAUUUAAUAAAUGAUAAUAGUUAAUUUUGGAAAUAAUCUAUUUUGAUGUUGACUUAUUUCAGGUUAAAUCUUAGAUUCAAAAAAAUUUUUUAUUUUUCUAUCAAUAUUUUUCUAAAAAAACUUUUAGUGUAAUAUAAUUGUUGAGUAAUAAUUAAAUCUC